CCUAUAUAUUUGACCGAUCGUUGGUCAAAAUUCAACAGCUCCUGCAGUUCACGUACAAUCUCCAUUGCUUCGUUACUCGCAGUCUAGAAAAAUGACAAGGUGGUUGUUUAUGGUGGUAUGCCUUGGCAUAGUUUGUCAAGGUACGACAGGCAGUAUUCUUCGAGGAGAAUCUUUAAACAAAUCGUUGAACGUCCUUCACGAAUGGAAAUUCUUUGAUUACGAUUUCGGUAACGAUGAAAGAAGACAAGAUGCAAUUCUAUCUGGCGAAUACGACUAUAGGAAUAAUUAUCCGUCCGACAUUGAUCAAUGGCAUGGUAAGAUUUUCGUCACCAUGCUAAGAUACAAUGGCGUACCCUCCUCUUUGAAUGUGAUUUCUAACAAAAUCAGUGAUGGUGGACCUCUUCUACAACCUUAUCCCGAUUGGUCGUUUGCCAAGUAUGACGAUUGCUCUGGAAUCGUGAGCGCCACCAAACUUGCGAUCGACAAAUGCGACAGAUUGUGGGUUCUGGACUCUGGUCUUGUCAAUAAUACUCAACCCAUGUGUUCUCCAAAACUGCUCGCCUUUGACCUGAAUACCUCGCAAUUGCUCAAGCAAGUCCAGAUACCGCAUGAUAUUGCCGUAAAUACCACCACAGGAAAGGGAAGACUAUCAUCUCUAGCUGUUCAAGCUCUUAACUGCGAUAUAAAUAGCGAAACUAUGGUAUACAUAGCGGACGAUAAAGGUGAAGGUUUAAUCGUGUAUCAUAAUUCUGACGAUUCCUUCCAUCGAUUGACUUCCAACACUUUCAAUUACGAUCCUGAAUAUACCAAAAUGACGAUCAAUGGAGAAAGUUUUACAAUGCAAAAUGGAAUUUCCGGAAUGGCCCUUAGUCCCAUGACUAACAAUCUCUAUUACAGUCCUGAGGCUUCUACCAGUCUGUAUUUUGUUAACACGGAACAAUUCAAAACAUCUGAUUAUCAACAGAAUGGCGUGCAUUACGAAGGAGUCCAAAAUAUUCUGGAUACCCAAUCGACCGCUAAAGUAGUAUCAAAAAAUGGCGUUCUCUUCUUCGGACUGGUAGGCGAUUCAGCUCUUGGCUGCUGGAACGAGCAUCGACCACUUGAAAGACACAAUAUUCGUACCGUCGCUCAGAAUAAUGAAACUCUUCAAAUGAUCGUUGGCAUGAAGAUUAAGGAAGCACUUCCACAUGUGCCUAUAUUGGAUAGGUAUAUAAACAGUGAAUACAUAUUGGUUUUAAGUAACAGAAUGCAGAAAAUGGUGAAUAAUGAUCUUAACUUCGAUGACGUAAACUUCCGAAUUUUGAACGCAAAUGUAAAUGAAUUGAUACAAAACACUCGUUGCGAAAAUAAUAAUAAGGACGACACACCCUUCAAAAUUUCAGUACAUUUGUAAAAUCUGUCUUUCUUGAUAUGUAUUAAAUUUUUUUCCAUUAUGAAUGUAUAAAAUAAAUAUUGUUUUCGCAUAAUA